GUCAACGUGUGUAGUGUGAGAUGAUGGCUGUUUUCGAAUAUAUUCACAUCAAUUAAAAACACAGCUUUAUUAUCAUACUACAUCAAAUGUUGGUGUUUGUGUAACUAACAAAAUAGCCAGAUAUAAGCGUAUGAAGUAAACGUGUUUCCCAGAAAUAGCCAACUUGUGCUUACUGAAGGUGCAGAGGACUUACACUCUAUGACAUCCAAGUGAGGACCCUCAUGCUAAUUGGAAAGGUCAGCAGAUUUGUUGGACGUGUGAGGUCUUGUGUUGUUAUACCAUUGGCCCGUGUUUUUACCUCCAGCAAUAUGGCAAAGAGCAAGUUUGAGUAUGUCCGCAACUUUGAGACAGAUGACACUUGUCUACGAAACUGCUACAUAGUUGUGAGGCUGGAUGGUCGAAAUUUCCACAGAUUUGCGGAGCAGCACCAGUUUACAAAGCCAAAUGAUAACAGAGCCUUGGGCUUGAUGAGCAGGAGUGCACACUCUGUGAUGGAGGAACUGGAGGAUAUUGCCAUAGCUUAUGGUCAAAGUGAUGAGUUCAGCUUUGUUUUCAAGAGGAGCUCCACUUGGUUUAAGAGGCGAGCCAGUAAGCUCAUGACCCACGUGGCCUCACAGUUCUCCUCCUCGUAUGUCUUUUACUGGAAGGAGUUUUUCGGGGAUCAGCCCAUCCUGUACCCGCCAAGCUUUGAUGGACGUGUGAUCCUGUAUCCUAGUAACCGUAACCUUAGAGAUUACCUCAGCUGGAGGCAAGCAGAUUGUCACAUAAAUAAUCUGUACAACACAGUGUUUUGGACGUUAGUACAGAGGGCAGGACUCACCACAGCUCAGGCAGAGGAUCGCCUAAAGGGAACAUUAGCUGCAGAUAAAAAUGAGAUCCUGUUCUCAGAAUUUGACAUCAACUACAACAAUGAAUCUGCCCUCCACAGGAAAGGCACCACUCUCAUCUGGGAAAAGCGAAAUGAAACUGUCACUAAACGCAUGAAGCCUCCAGAUGAAGAGGAGAAGCACGUACCUGUGAUUCGCAGCAGGAGAAGGGUGCAGGCCUACCACUGCGACAUUAUAGGAGACCAGUUCUGGGAGGAACACCCAGACAUCCUGGAAGAUGACAACUGCUAACAGCUCCACUCCUGAUGGAGGAGAAUGACUCAGAAAUCAGUCUGGCCAGAAUGGUUGAAGUGGACCCAUAUUAGCAAUGACUCUAGGGGGACAGCCACAGCUUGAUGUCACCCAUUAGUACCUGUGAAAGCUUUGAAAGAGCUUUUUCUGAGACUGAAGCCUUUGAUGAUUGACUUUGUACAGUUACUUAUGUUCAUGUAUUAAACUUCUCUCAUAAUCUUCCCUUAAAGUAAGAAGUUAUCUGCUUAAAUUGCAUGUUGAUGUCUGUCAUGUUCAGAGGGAAGCAGAUGAUUUCAUAAUCUUUUGUAUGCACAUGCACAACAAUCACACACUGAUACAGACAUCCACCCUCUCAUCUCGAGUCUAGUCCAGUGAAUCGUCUAAAGUUGCUUUUAAAAAAAUAUAUCCUCAUUUGAUAUCAC